AUGCCGUGUUCAGACCACGAUAUCCUCCAGCAACUCAUUUCUAAGCCAAGAAAUGUAGCAGAGGAUUUUUCACGUAGAGCAGGUUUUCCGAGCGUUGUGGGAGCUCUAGAUGGGACUUAUAUUCCAAUUAGUGGGCCGUCAAAUUAUAGAGACUCCUACAUUUGCAGGAAAGGUUAUCCAGCCAUGCACUUACAAGCAGUCUGCGACAGUGAUCUGAAGUUCUUGGAUGUAUUCUCUGCCUACCCUGGUUCUGUGCACGAUGCACGAGUAUUCAAAAAUAGCCCUCUUUACCAAGCACUUCAGGAGCUCCCUCCAAAGUUCCAUCUACUUGGAGACUCCGCCUACCCUUUAACAACUUUUCUCUUGACACCAUUUCGUGACAAUGAUCAUCUGUCUACUGAGCAAAAAUGCUAUAACAGUGCCCAUAGCUCAACACGUGUAGACAUUGAAAGAUGUUUUGGGUUACUUAAAGGUAAAUUUCGAAAACUGAAAUUUUUAGACAUGCAUAAAGUUGAAGAAAUUCCAAGCAUGAUUAUUGUAUGUUGUGCACUGCAUAAUUUCAUCAUUAUGCAUGAAAAGGAUUAUGAGCCCGAUACUGAAGUUGAAAUUGAGCAGAGAGGUGAGAAUUUGUUACAUGAUUUUGAUAAUGAUGAAGGAGAAAGUGUCUCUGGACAGUGCAAAAGACAAGAGAUCAUGCACUUGCUAGCAUGA